AUGAGUGCAGCUGGAUACGAUAGACAUAUUACGAUUUUUUCGCCCGAGGGACGUUUGUACCAGGUGGAGUAUGCGUUUAAGGCUACAAACCAAACGAAUAUUAAUUCUGUAGCUAUUAAGGGCAAGAAUUGUGUUGUUUUGGUGAACCAGAAGAAGGUUCCAGAUAAGCUACUUGAUCCGGCGACUGUUUCUUACAUGUUCCCUAUUUCUAAGCAUAUUGGGAUGUGUGCAACAGGUCCAAUUGGGGAUGCUAGAAACGUUGCGGUGAGGUGCAAAUCCAUGGCUGCUGAGUUCCGGUAUGAGUAUGGGUACGAUAUUCCAGUGCAUGUGCUUGCCAAGAGGCUUGCGAACUUGGCACAGACGUAUACACAGAGAGCUUAUAUGAGGCCAUUGGGUGUGGUUUUGACGUUUAUUUCUGUAGACGAGGAGAAGGGGCCCUCGAUCUUCAAGUGCGAUCCAGCGGGAUAUUAUACAGGGUAUAAAGCGACGGCGACGGGGCCCAAACAGCAAGAGCUAAUUACCGCGUUGGAGAAGCAUUUCAAGAAGUUGAAUGUUGAUUGUCUGCAAGAAGAGACGUCGGAGAAGGUGGUUGAGUUUGCGAUCACUCAGAUGAGUGCAUCAUUGGGCACUGAUUUUUCGAGCAAAGAUUUGGAAGUUGGUAUCGCAGAGGCGGAUAAGUUCUAUGUUUUAGGCCAAGAGGAAAUCGAACAAAGGUUGGUGGCGAUUGCAGAGCAGGAUUAA